AUGGCUGUGUUCAGCUUUUACCUCUUCGAUCGCACUGGUACCUGUCUUUGCUACCACGAAUGGCAGCGGACCAGGCAACCUCAAGACAUGUCGGAUGAUCACAAAAACAUGUUUGGCAUGCUCUUCGCCCUUCGCAAUUUCUCCAUCAAGCUUUCGCCCGAUGCCGAGCGCGGCAUUCCGUCAUUCUUUGUUACAGAUGUGUACGCAUUGCAUUACUUUGAAACCGCUACAGGUCUUCGCUUUGUGCUCAACACCAGCAAUGACUUUAAAGGAGUCGACGUUACACAUGCCUUGAGCGAGAUUUACAAUUCCGUGUUUGUCGAGUAUGUUGUUAAAAACCCUUUGUACACACGCGGGAAUGUGAUUAAGUCAGACCUAUUUAUUACCAAGUUGGACGACUAUAUCCGAGCGCUCCCGUGCUUUUGA